AUGCGCUGGUUGCUGGUUUGUUGUGGGCUUGCAUUGAUUUCGGUGGCUCUGACCCGCGAGGUCCUCCAGAGACCCCGUUUCCUUGGACUGAGAACAGGCCGACCUAACCCUGUGUACAUCAACUGUUGGUCCACAGAGCCAAACGAUAACGACACGGUGGAGUGGUACAAGGCCAAGGUGGACAACACUGGUAAUAAAACCAAAAUUACACCAUCAGACAGGUUUAAAAUUAGUUACAGCCAAACGUCCAAAAACUCCACACUCUUUAUCGAUAAACUGCAAGUGGAAGAUACCGGAGUGUAUUUCUGCAAGAUAGACACGAAGUUCGGAGCUGGGACUGGGAUGCAAGUUGCCAAACAUUAUAACCUGAAGAACGCAGAGUACAGGAGCCAGAUGAAGGAUGCACUCAUGAUCUUCCAGGCCUUAGUGCUGGCUACGUGUCUCGCCGCUUUGUUCCGACGCAAACAUCAACUGAGCAAAGAGAAGGACAGCAUAUAUGAAGAGCCUGAUACUGAUCAUAUCUACGAGGGUCUGCAGAUUGAGACGUGCGGUGGAGGUCUGUAUGAGGAGCUUUCUGUGUACACCCACCCGACUGAAGAAGGCGAAGCCCCAUGGGAGUGAGACUGACAAACCACUUCUCACCUCAUUACAUCUACAGCAUUCCCACAUAUAAGUUGUAAAAUAUUAGGUUUAAGUCUUUUAAUGGUUCUGCUCAGAUCUAGAUGUGUCAUUUCCUGCUUUGUUUAUAAAUGCUCUCAACCCGAGGGGAAUCACGGGGGGAACCACAGGGGUCGCAGAAAGAUGGGUAAUAUUUUAAAUUCAUUGUUAUUUCAUUGGUUAGCUUGAUGAAAGAAUGUACAGUGUAAGAAAGACUCUUCUGUUCAUAGUCUCACACUUGUCACUGUUUAUCUGCAAAUCUACAGUAUGAACAGGGUCUGUGGCACGACGUUCGGGGGUCCUUGACACCAAAAAGCUUGAGAACUAGUGCUUCUGUAUAAGA